CAACGGGAUAUAUAUAUCGCGGGACAGAUACAAAUUAGUGGAAAGAGGCGAAGUGAAGUUGAAGAAGACUGAAAAUUUACCAGAAAAAAUGGCUUUGGGACGGAUAACCACUUUAGCGUGUCGAAGUUUCAGCACAUCGGUGAUACGGAGAGCAGGCUACGGGGAAGGACCUGGCAGUAAUGUACCGUUUCAAAUCAAGAACAAGUGGCGUCUACUUGCUGUGAUGACUGCCUUCUUUGGCUCAGGAUUUGCUGCUCCAUUCGUUCUGGUUCGUCACCAGCUCAAGAAGAAGUAGAUGUGUGGUGUUAUUUACACACUUUUGUUAAUAUAUAUUUUGGUUUGAUUAUGUGGAUUAAUGGAGCAAUAUCUACAACCAGACGAGGAGUGAGCAGAUCAUCCUUUGUCAUCAGAAAUUCUAGCUCUUGGCCUUUUCCUUCUGAGGAACUCUCAAGAUGUGCUUCAGGAGAAACAAGCUGCUUUUAACUCCAUUGACGAUUCUAAAAAAUCAUUGGGAUUCUGCCCAUGGGUGUCCAAGGCGCAAACUUUGAAGUAAAAACAAAAUAAUAUUCUGCACCCAAUCUGGAAAUUAAGGUUCUAUAGAUGCAUAUCAGUGGGUGUAACUGUUUUCCUUAAGACAUCCCAUUAGCUUUAUAGUGUGUUCAAAGUGGCCAUUAAUCUAUGUGCAUUGGUCCGAUAUGUAAGACAUCCCAUUAGCUUUAUAGUGUGUUCAAAGUGGCCAUUAAUCUAUGUGCAUUGGUCCGAUAUGCAAACUUGUUCAUGUACAUGGGGAGAAUCCUGAAGAUGUUAGUUAUUAAACAAGAGUCUAAUUUCAUGGGGCUACUUACGCAGCAAAUUUUUGCUUCAGGGUCUUCUGCAAAGCAAAACUUAGCAGGGAACCAGUAAUAGACGGUAAAUGUGGCAUGAUAAUUUGGCUGGCUGUUCUGGUGAGGCAAAAUUGUUUCUUAUUUGGCCCCUUUUUGUGAAAUUGGUCCAAGAUGUCGAGAAUGCAAAGAGUUAAGUUUCUGUUUGAAGAGUUGAACAGAGAGAUCAUUUAUUCCUUGAAAAUUAUUUAGGGUUCAUUCACUCCUAAAUUGCAUGAGUUGUUGCUUCAGAAGGUGUGUUGUGAAAUUUCAGAUAGUUUGAUUUUGUUUAUCACAUCAGCAUUGAAACAAAGUGAAUUUAGGUUUGAAAUAUAUAUAGUGAAUUUCACAGUUACUCACUAGAAUUCACAUCAAAUUCAUUCGUCCACAGUUAUUUCAAUGUUGUAAUUAUCAGUUGAUGAUACAUCUAUUGGUCUGGCAUAACAAAACCGUAAUCAAAUUUUUAGAAUGAAGUUAAAUUUGUAUUAAGGAAUCUAAAGAUCACAUUUCUUGCAAGGCCUCGUCCAUUCUUCUAAAAUUGUUCAAAAUAUGAAGUAUAUACUUUGGGUUCUAAAAUUUGAAACUUAAUUUCUGACCAGGAAGUAAACAAGAACAUUCAGUUAUUGUCUUUAGCACUAGAGGACCACACAGGUAUUGAGUUUGUCUAAAUUUACAAUUGUUUAUCGAAAGUUGAAAAUUCCAAAGCUUGUUUUCCACAAAUACAAUUUGAUUUACUGUUUUUUGUUUUACCCAUUUGAGGAAUUCAAGAUAGUUAACUCACAAUAUACAUACAUUAGCACUGUUAAAAAGAGGUGUUGCUUUAUAAAGACUUUAUUCAUAAAGUCCUGUACAACAACCUUCCCGCUACAAAGAGGUAAUUUGUGAUCUUGUUAUAACCAGAGUUGACUGUACUUCAAUGAAUGUACAGAAAGACUAGCUUUUCAAAUGUGAAAUUAAAGUUUGAUUCACACAACA